AUGGCCAGGCACUUGUCUAUCAUGGUCAUCAUGGCCGUCGCCUGCUUCCUCGGCCUCACCUUCAUGAUGUCCAUGGGCGGCUCUACCACCUCCGUGAUCCCCCACCCAGGCCUGUCGCAAAGCAGCAGUCCUCCUCCACAAGACACUCUCGACGUUGGCGGUCUGUCCGCGGAUCUGUUAAAGGGCAAAGUCAUUGCUCCCAAGCUCGAAAAUGCGACGGCAAAAGCCGAACUCGGCCGUGCCUCCUGGAAGCUGUUCCACACCAUGAUGGCGCGUUUCCCCGAGCACCCAACCGAAGACGACUCCCUCGCUCUCAAGUCCUACAUCCACCUCUUCGCCCGCCUGUACCCCUGCGGCGACUGCGCCCGGCACUUCCAGCAGCUUCUCGCCAAAUACCCUCCACAAGUCUCGUCGCGCAACAACGCUGCGGGCUGGGCCUGUCUCGUGCACAACGAGGUCAACAAGAGGCUCAAGAAGCCCGAGUUUAACUGCCAGAACAUUGGCGACUUUUACGACUGCGGAUGUGGCGACGAGGAUGGGAAGAAGAAGAAGGAGGGUGCAGAGGCGCAGGCGGAGUUGAAGCAGGCACAGCAGCGCCGCCAACACACCAGCAACGACACCUCCAGCUCUACGUUGUGCUGCAGACAAGUCAUAAGAACCGGCCAAAUCACCCAGAAACCCGACCAAACCGCCGACAUGGAGUUCGGCAACGCUGGUGUCCUCAACGAAGAUGGUAUCCAUGUGGAUAUGGACAGGCUAAAGAAGGGCGAGGUCAACAUGGCGGUCACAUUCAAGGACGGCGUCAUUCUCGGCGCCGACUCGAGAACCACAACAGGCGCCUACAUCGCCAACAGAGUAACAGACAAGCUUACGCGGGUCGCCGACACCAUCUGGUGCUGCCGCUCCGGCUCUGCCGCCGACACACAAGCCGUCGCCGACAUUGUACAGUACCAGCUCGGCAUGUUCCACAUGCGCAAUGGCAAGCCGCCUACCACACAGACGGCCGCAGCCAUCUUCCAAGAGAUCUGCUACAGCAACAAGGACCGCUUGAGCGCUGGCCUCAUUAUCGCCGGCUGGGACGAGCGACACGGCGGACAGGUCUACUCGAUCCCGCUUGGCGGCUCGCUACACAAGCAGGCCUACGCGAUCGGCGGCUCCGGCUCGACAUACAUCUAUGGUUACUGUGACGCCAACUGGGAGGAGGACAUGGAGGAGGACGAGGCUGUCGACUUUGUCAAGGGGGCUCUGCGCGAGGCCAUCAAGUGGGAUGGCAGCUCCGGCGGUGUCAUCCGCAUGGUCGUCCUUACCAAGAAGGGCGCCGAUAGGCACUUGUACCUGCCUGACGAGGACUACGAGGUGAAGCACUAG